AUCAGACACUCCUAAAAUUACUACAUCAGAAUUUUCCUGUCACAUUCAUUGUACAAUUGUACAAAUCAGAGGCCGAAAAUGGGCUUAGAUUGUUGUUAUGUUACUGACAGAAAAUUGGAGUCUCCUAGUACUCUCCCAUGGAAGGAAAUGUUUGUUUCUGCUUCUUUUCGUGUGCCUAAAUCCGAUCCUUUUUCUGUAACAAAAACAACUGAUAUUUCUCCCAAGUAUCACGCUUUGCAAACUCGAGGAUUAAGUCCGUUUGAAGUCCCAGAAUCAGCUGACCGAAGUUCAUGUUGUUCUAGCACACCUGAGAUUUUUAGACUGCGUUCUUUGUCACUUAACCGCAAUCCUCACAGCAGCCUCAACCUGAACUCUGACAACUCCUCAUCUCAGUCAUCUGUCCCAUGGCAAGUCAUGUUCCGCACUGCUUCUUUCAACAGGCCAUAUAUCUCCUCUUCAAACCAAAAUCCAAAAAUUAAGCUUAAUACAGCAUCUACAGAAAAUGAAAAUACAGAAUCUGUCACAGUAAGCACUUCAAAAACAGAUACUGAAAAUACAGUAUCUGAGAAAAAACAUGGUUUUUCAGAUGCAUGGAUAUGGGUUGCAGUGUAUGUUACAAUAGGGCAAGCAGUAUUCACAGUUCUAAUAUCCCUAUCUUAUGGAAUCUCCAAACUACUCGAAGAAUAUAUACGCCCAAUUAUAUGGGCAUCACUUUGCUCGAUUCCUCUAAGGGGAAUACAAGACACCCUUGUUGAGUUCUGGUCUGAGCCAUUAAGAGCAGGAUUAACUGAUACAAUCUUAGCAGUACCAGUAGCUGUUUUAAGAGCUUUUGCAGGAACAAUCAUUGAUUCCCGCGAUGUAUUUUCUUGGGUUUUCUAUGGAGAGAAGAUGAAGGUUGAAGAUGAAGAUGUAAGACCGGAGAAAAAUGGGUUCAUAAGGUUGGUUAGAAGGCUUGUUUCUUUUAGCCUCUUUGUGUUUGCUUAUGAGCAGAUUGGGAGAUUUGGUGCUUGUUUUCUCAUUGUAUUAGGGUUCAUGUUCUGCUCAAAGCUAUCUCCUUCAACCAUUUCUGCAGUUUCUACAUUAAGAAGUGACAGUUUUUGCCAAAGAAGAAGCACUACUUCUCAGAACAAUCAUCGGAUGAACCUUAGCAGGACUGUUAGUCAAUGGAUGUUAAGCAGGCUGAAAACAAUCUUAGCAGUAGGGUUAAUUAUAGGAAUGAUCAUAGGAAGUUUAGCUGGUUUGAUGUUUUUUACUUACCAAAUUGGAAGUGAAGGAAAAGAUGCAGUGAUUUCCUUAAAAUUCCAAAUUGAGGAGAACAACUACGCAGAAAAGAUCAAAUGGAUGCAACAGAAUCAUGCCAUGGAGGAGUUAAUGGAUUGGUACACUUCAGAAUGUUAUGAGACAUUAUUACAGCAAAUUGACAAAUUCGCGUACAGAAACAAUUUAUCAGACUUCAUAGAAGUAAUCAAACAGUUUGCAAUUACUCCAUAUUAUACUGAUGAUUUCCCUGAGAAUUCAUCCAUAUUCUUUGGCCCCCCAAAAGCAAGAAAGUACACCAUUAGGUUUCAAAAUCUGAUGAAAAAGCCGGUUCUUAACAAGGCGAAAUGCUUAGCAACUCAAGGGGUUGAUCUAUGGUUCUGGAUAUUGACAAACAGCAAAUUCCUCUUACAUUUCCUGCUCUAUAUAGGACAUAUAAUGGUCUCAGGAUUAGCAGGAAUGAUGCAGUUUCUGCUACAACUGACUGUAUUUUUCUGGGUUUUGUACUAUCUUCUGACAUCAGAAUCAGGUGGGGUGACAGAGCAAGUAAUCAAAGUUCUUCCCCUACAAAAACAUGUCAAAAACAGAUGUGUUGAAGCUUUAAACAAUGCAAUAUCAGGGGUACUUUUGGCAACAGCAGAGAUUGCAUUCUUUCAAGGGUGUUUUACUUGGCUUUUUUGUAGGCUUUUUUCUGUGCAUUUUGUAUAUAUGUCAACUGUUCUUGCAUUUAUCAACCCUUUGAUUCCUGUUUUUCCUGCUUGGGUUCUGACAUUGCCGGGCGCUGUGGAGUUAGUGUUGGAUGGUAGAUAUUUUCUGGGAAUAAGCUUUUGUGUAACUCAUAUGUUGGUGAUGGAUUAUGGAGCUUAUGAAAUUGCUGAAUAUGUUCCUGGUUAUAGUACUUAUCUUACUGGAGUUAGCAUUAUUGGAGGGAUGACUUUGUUUCCUUCUGCAUUGGAGGGAGCAAUAAUGGGACCUUUAAUAACAACCCUUGUUAUCGCCCUUAAGGAUUUGUAUACCGAAUUUGUGCUGAAUGAAACCAAGGAAAAGGAUGAAUAGAAAUCAAAUUCAGAUUUUCUCAACAUACCGUCCUCAUAAGUCUCUCCAGCACAUGAUUGUUGUGAACAUUGCUCAUAAAGUAUGAUCAAUAAAUUUUGGAGAGGAUAAUUUAUUUGGCAAUUUGAUUGAAGGCUGUGUCUAUCAUUUUUGUUGUAAUUGUACGGCAGCCCCCAUUUGUAAAUUAGUGUAUUGUUCAUAGUCUGUUUUCUUUCUUUUGACAGUUUGAUUGGAUCGGAAUUCAUGUCUCUCAUUUUUGUUGUACUUAAAAAGCUAUUUAAAUCGCGGUCCUUGCAAACGCAUAUUGUAAUUCUUGUAAAGAAAAUCUCGAGAACACAAAUGUACCAUUACAAGUUUUGCCAUCGUUGAUAAGUUGCUGGUUAUGUAAUUUUCAAUAUCUGUAAUUUGCUUA